CAGCAAAGGCUUCAAAAAUGCCAGUCAGUCACCACCAUCUCAGGUGCGAUUGUAAUGAAAGUAGUUUGUGUUUCUUGGCAAUUGAAAUGGAACGAAGAAUAAUUAGAAAAAGGUGUACAAAGGGUGAUCGGAGUUAUUGUUGUGUACCACAGUGCAAUUCUAGGGCUAAAAACAACCCUCAACUAAGUUUUCAUAGAUUUCCUAAAGACGAAUUGCGGCGAUUGCAAUGGAUCCGUCUCUUAAGAAUCGGGAAAUUCGUUACUGAAAGAAUGAUUGUAUGCAGUAAACAUUUCAAGAAUUCAGAUUUUGUUUUACACAAUGUUCCUACUAAGAGACCAAAUCUUGAGAAAACUGCUGUACCUAGCCUGUAUCUCCCAGUUUCAAAAGUAUCGGAAACGGAACAACGGUAUCAGAAUUUGAUUGGGAAAAAAGUAAUGUUACGUUUGAGUGAUGAUGAUGAAGACAAUCCUAACAUGGAUAGUGAAGGUAAAAAACCCAAUGAGCUGUGGACUCCAAAGAAUUCAUCCGUUGUUUGUAGCAGACAUUUCACGCCAACAGAUUUUAAGAAUGGGCUGAAGUACAAGACAUUAAUGCCUUAUGCAAUACCUUCAGUUUUUACAGAUGAUCCGCGAAGAAUUCGUGGGAAAGUAGAUCCCUCUGAUUUAAAUUCUUCAGGUGAACAGUUGAGAAUAAUUGCUGUAUCAUCUGAAAAUUUACCUGUGUCAACUGCUAAAACCUUUAUUUCCAACGGGAAGGAAACUAGUCAAGAAUCACAUCCCUUAGAUCCUAAAUUGGUACAAGUUUGGUCUUGCUCAAAGGUAGGGAGUGAUUCUAAACCGACAAUUGCCACCAACGGCAAAAUUGACGAUUUGCCAUCAUUUAUGAAACAGGCUUUGCUUGAAAAAGAAAAAAUUGACCGGACAUACGAAGGAACAAGUACUGCAAACAUCAAUAAUUUAAUGGGAAAUGGAAAUUUACAGUCCGAUCAUUCAGAGUUAGAAAACUCAAAUAUUAGCAACAUUAAAAUAGAACUGGAUUCUUCAGAAGAAGAUAAUGCCAGUAAUUCUACAUGUAUUACUGUGCCUUAUUUAGAAUCACUGGACCCAAGCAUACCUUCCAAUGCCUGUAUUCAGCCGAAUGAAUUAUCUAGCGCUUCAAAAGUUAUGUGUGAUGCUUCCACUUCUACCCAUCCCCAUGAUAAUGUUGCUUACUUGAAAAUGGAACUAGAAAUUUGUAAAAAGAAAAUUAAUGUUUCUCAAAAUAAGACUAGAAAUUUACAGAAGGUCAAUCGACGAUUAAGAAAGCGAAUAUUAGAUAUGAAACAUAUUGUUUUCUGUGAACUUCAGAGCAGGCAUUAUCUGUCAAAAAAUUCGGAUUUUAAUGUUGAAAAACAAGGUUGUUUAUUAGAUCGCCAUUCUGUUGCAGUGGUUGAGUCAUCUGAGGCAGAAGAAUGUGAGGAAGAUUAAAUCUAAUUUUAAUAAUUCAGAUUUUUUUUUCAAUUUAUUUAUUUUUUUGGUCGACUAAAUAAACUUUUGUGUUAGAAAUAAAUAAAAAGGGUUUCUACAUGUUCACUGAAACCUGGCAUUGUCAGAGAAUUUGAUUUCGGGAAAAAACGCCUGGAAAUUGUCAUUUUUCAACCAAAACCCAGAUAAACCUGCAACAAACCAGGAAAAUAAUUUAUAGUAACAAUAAUGUUAUAUUGGUAACGAUAAGGUUCAAAAGAAGUUUAUUUGUAGUGAUUUCUAGUUUGUACAAAACUUGUUCAAUCUUUGUGCAUUUUAUAUUUGCUAUGCAUUAUACUAUUAUUCAAGUAAUAUUGCUUCGUCAGGAAAAUUUAUAAAUACUUAAUGAGAUAUUUAAUUUAUUCUUGAAAUAAAUGGUUAUAAAAUUUUGUGUCAAUUACAUCAUUGAACAUAAAUUUUAUAAACAAAAACAUAAGUACUGCAAAGGUGUUUACUUUUUUUCUCUGAAAAUUAAUUUUGAAAAGGGUGCAGAGGACUCUUUAACGAUCUAUUUUUUACUUCUCACAAUUAAUAUUAGAAUUUAUAUUAAAACAAUUGAUAGAAUUUAUUUUGUCGUACUUGUCUCUUAGCUUGUACCUGACAAAGCUUAGCAAAUUUUGCCAAACUUCAUUAUCUGUUAUUAACAAUGUUUUAGCUGAAUUAAUAGUACUUUAUUAUUUAUUCUUCAUAAUACUUAGAGAAAAAAAAAACUGAGUGUCUAUUUGGGAGCAAAGAUUUUCAUUUCUAGUAAAUACUAUUUUAUGAUUUCUAUUGAUUUGCUUUUAAAAUAGUUUUGAAGUUUCAUAUUAAAGAAUUGACCAUCGUUUGUUGAUAUGUGUUUCUAUUUACCAAGGAGGAGAAAUGAACCUAGAAUUACAUUGCAUAUUGUAUGUAAUAAAUAUGUGAUAAAAUACUUUCAUAAUGUGUCUAAUUUUCGUUGAAUAUUUUUCUUAUUGUGCAUAAGUAAAAUUCAUCAAGUGUAUUUUUUCCCUAGACUGUUAAAUAUUUUUUUCUAUUGUGCAUAAGUAAUGUUCAUCAAGUGUAUAUUAUGUUCCUAGAUUGUUUAGUAUUUUUUUUUUAUUGUAAUAAAGUAUUUUUUUACUAUACUAACCUCAAGUUGUUUAAAUUUGUAUGAAUUUUACAUUAUUAAAUAUUUCUGUAAUUUAGGUGCCAAUAAUUAGAACUAUUUUAAAACUGUUUUUCAAAUGUUUUGCUGUUUAUAAAAUUUCCUACUAGUGUUAUUUGAUUUUUUUUUUAAUGUUGAAACUUCAUGAUUUCACUGAUUUUAAACUUCAUGUUCUAUCUAAGCUAAAUAGUGAAAUGAAAUAAUGUAUGAUUUUUAUGUAAAUACGAAUUAUAAUCAUUAAUUUAAUUAAGUUUCAUAUAAAUUUUGUAAAAUUUUUACUAACAUUUUUCUGAAUCCGCUUCUUGUAAGUCAAUUGUGCACGUUGUUACCACUUUUUUAUUGACCGUUUAUUUCAUAUUUGGUCAAGUUUAUAUAGAAAUUUAAACUUGCCCAAUUGCAAAAUACACAGAAAUAGAAAUUUCUUUUAAAUAUAUUGCUUUCUCAAUAAAUAACUUGGGUAAACUUGUUCUUUGGCUGGAAUAAUAGCAGCUGAAAAGAUGUUUUAGGCAUUACAAAAGCUCAGUUGAUGUUCAUAGUUCAGUGAACCCUCUGAAUCCUUUUCCAAACAAUUCAUGUAAACCAUUCAGAAAGUUUAUUUAUUUUUAAAAACACUGCUAUAAUGUGAUUGCUUGCUAUUAAAAUUACUGGAAAAUAAUGGAAUGGAAAUAAUCACUAUUUAGUUAAACUUUUUCUUGUUUAUAUUCAAUACACUUACUGAAUGUAGUCACAGACAGGUUUUUAAUCUGAUUAAAAUGAGAAAUAGAAAUUACUUCCAAAUUUUUUUUUCGACGUAACAUGGAAACUUUUAAAUAUGUCACUUUCUCAUACAAGGGGAAAAACUUUUUUUUUUUUUUUUGUCAGGAAUAACAGUGAUUGAAAAAAUGUUUUAGGCAUUCCAAAUGCAGAGUUGGUUGAUGCUUGUAGUUCGGUGAACCCUCUGAAUUUUUUUCAAACUGUCUAUGUGAAUUGUUCAGAUAUGUUGUAUUUUAAAAACUAUGCUAUAAUGAGAUACUGCUCUCUAUUAAAAUUACUACAUAAUAAUGGAAUAAAAAUAGUUACUAUUCAGUUAAAUAUUUUCUUGUUUAUAUUAAAUACAUUUAUUCAA